UCACUCGUGUGGGAAGUGCUGAUAUUUGAAGGCGUCACAGCGGCGUCACGCACGGAUUCUGAUCGGUGACGAGUUCGCGGUAACGAUUACGGCGGAACGACGCGCUCAACGGCACUUUAACGGCGUUAAGCCGAGCGCUAGCCCUCCGGUGGAGAAGUGUUGAGCUCAGCAGCUAGCCAACACUAGCCCGUUAGCGAGCGUCACGUCACGUCAACGAGUCCCCGAGUCAACGCGUCACGGAUAUCAGCAGCUCCGAUCGGGCUGAUCGAUCAGUUAUUGAUCAUGGAGAAGAAGAGGACGGACUGCCCCGCGCUUCCUCCCGGCUGGAAGAAGGAAGAAGUCAUCCGGAAGUCAGGGCUGAGCGCUGGGAAGAGUGAUGUGUAUUAUUACAGUCCCAAAGGGAAGAAGUUUCGCAGUAAGCCUCAGUUAUCUCGAUAUCUGGGUAACACAGUGGAUCUGGGAUGUUUCGACUUCCGCACGGGGAAGAUGAUGCCCGGCAAGAUGCAGAAGAGCAAACAGAGACUCCGCAACGACAAUCUGAGCCAGAGUAAAGGUAAGCCAGAUCUGAACACAGCACUGCCCAUCAGACAAACAGCCUCCAUCUUCAAGCAGCCGGUCACUAAAGUGGUCAACCAUCCCAACAACAAGGUCAAAUCUGACCUGCAGAGGGCCACAGAGCAGCCACGACAGGGUCUAUUGUCCAGCGCAAACACACAACAAGUGUUCGAGCAGGAGCUGAAGGUCCAACAGGCGCGCCACAGUCUGGAGGAGGCUCUGAUGGCGGACGGUCUGGCCCGCGCUGCAGAAUCCACAGUUUAGAGAGAUCCCACAGGCGGGGUCACGUGAUCAUCCAGGAUAUGAUGUCAUCAGUCUGCAUCAUCAGCAGCAGUUGAAUCAAGCACAGGUUCAUCACUCAUCACAGAUAUCGCUUCAAUAAAGGCCUUUUCUAGAGCUUCUAUUUUGAUGUACAUAUCCAUAUAUAUAUAUAUAUAUAUAUGAUUGAGAAUUGAGGACGCUUCUCUUAUGUGGGCCGGACAGACGGAAACAAACACAGCAAUAAUCCUCCAAUCAGGUUCUGCCGCUGGAUGUCUUUACUUUCAGGUCUGAUGCGACGCUCGCUCAGAUUCUCUCUCUUCAGGGCUCGUGGCGAAUGAUUAACGCUUUUACAAACGUAUGAAUGGGGAAAACAACCUGCUUAUUUAAGAAAAUAAAUUUUAUACCUUGAGAUGAAAUUGUGUACAUUUCUUGCGUCAUUUCUAGAGUAAAUAAAUGAUUAUAUUCUCAGAUA